UAGGUGACUGGAAAUUUUUGUGAAUGGAGCACUUCAGCACAGGUAUGACGUCAUUGGAGUACCACAUUUUUUUAUUGAACCAACCGAUCAAGCCAUUGGUCCACUGAGGGAGCGGAGCUACAUGAUUGGUUCAGAUUUGACAAUUAAACACCUACACAGUCAAUAGACCUACCGGUCUGUGAAUAUAUAGAGCCUCUGUAGUAGCCAGAUGGAACAGACUUACAAGUUGGUCGACAAAACGAACUAAACCAACUUAUUCCAUUUCUUUCAUUUGCAAAGAGCUCUAACACAAGGGACCAUGGUUAUGUUGAAGAUCUCAGCUUUCCUUCUUGCCUAUGCCCUGAUCAUUUGCCAGAUGUACAGCUCACAAGCCGCUCCGGCAAGGCCUGAUUUUGACUCUAAUCGAGUGACGCUCACCGACUACGAAGCCCGGAGGUUAUUGAAUGCCAUUGUCAAAGAAUUUGUUCAGAUGACUGCGGAGGACCUGGAACAGCAGGCAAAUGACGAAAAUAGUGCUGAUAGACCCUUGACCAAGCGCUGCUCCAACCUCAGCACCUGUUCGCUGGGCAAGCUCUCUCAGGAGCUGCACAAGUUGCAAACUUACCCUCGUACCAAUGUUGGGGCAGGGGCACCAGGAAAGAGACGCAGUCUAUCAGAUGCUGAGGUCUUUGCGAGCUUUGGGGAGCAGUUUAACCGCAACUGAGAUGAUCUCCAACCCCACGAAUGCUACAGUAGUUUUUCCCCGAUGCAAAAGAUAGCAAUGCAUGUGGAUUCUGUUUGCCUGCCUGACUUACCCGACAGAGUAACACAUUAACGCAAGGCAAUCAAAAUUUAUAUAAUGAAUAUUAUUUUUCGAUGUAUAAUUCAGUCAUGGCACAUAUUUUUCUCUGCUUUAGUAUAGAUCACUGGUAGCAUAAAGACAGUUACACAACAGAGACAGAACAUCUCUUUUCGUAUGCACACUUUUCUGAUUUAAUAAACAUAUUUUUGCCAA